UGUCGUCAUCUUCUUCGAUCGAUCCCUCCGAUCCAUAUUUUCUCCAUCCUUCCGAUCAUCCUGGUUUGAUUUUGAUUUCAACCAAAUUCAUAGGUGAAGGAUUUGGAUCCUAGCAGAAGUCCAUGACGAUUGCUUUGUCGGCAAAGAACAAACAAGGGUUUGUUCAAGGUAAAAUUAAGAAACCUGAUGAUUCCUCAAAUCGAGUCAAUCACUGGCAGCGAUGCAACGACAUGAUAACCUCUUGGAUCCUCAACACACUUAGCAAAGAGAUAGGAGACAGCGUCUUAUAUGCUGAAAACAUUGCUGAACUAUGGAACGAGCUUGAGGAUAGAUUUGGGCAAUCAAAUGGGGCAAGAUUGUUUCAACUUCAGAAGGAAAUCUGUUCUAUCACCCAGGGAAACUCAGAUGUUGCCACAUACUACACAAGAUUGAAGAAAAUAUGGGAUGAGUUAGCCCUGGUAUCCAAUCUACCAAAGUGUUCAUGCGGAGCUGUUCAAGAACUCACCAAAUAUGAACAAAAUCAGAAGUUAAUUCAAUUUUUGAUGAGUCUUAAUUCUGACUACAAUGUUACCAGAGGUAACAUAUUGCUUAUGAGACCUCUUCCUUCAGUACCUAUUGCCUAUGGACUUCUCAUACAGGAGGAAAAACAGAGGGAGAUACAGGUACCUUCACAUUUCAUGACUGAACAUACAUCCUUGAAUGCUGCAAAUGUUCAUCCUUUAUCUAAGGAAAGAUUUGAAGAAAAGAAGACCAUUAUUUGUGAUUACUGUAAGAAGAAGGGCCACUCUGCUGCAAAGUGUUACAAGCUAGUUGGUUUUCCAAAGGAUUUCAAGUUUGCAAAGCCAAGAAAGAUAGCUGCAAAUGCUGUGAAUGAGGAAGGAUCAGAGGUCACUUGAGUCAAGGCAGACAGUCAACUCAAUCCAGAAUUCUGCAACCAACUUAUGAAGCUCCUCAGUUCCUUUCAUGAUGAUAAAUUCUAGCAACCAUCUCAAGCUUGUACAGCACACAUGGCUGGACCUUUCCAGGAACAAGUCAGUGGAAAUUGGUCAGAGGCAGGGUGAUCUAUACAUAACACAAGUCAGCCAUCAUCUUUCAGAAAAGUCCAUUGCCAGUCCUCAUUCCCUCUCUAAUCCUCAUGAUACUUUCUGUAAUAAAGUUUGUAUGAACUCUGAUGUAAAAUUGUGGCAUAUGAGACUGGGUCAUUUGCCUAGUUACAAACUGAAAUCGCUGUGUUCUUUUGAUAAUGAAAGCUUUAAUCCUUU